AGCCGAAGAUGUCGGCUCAGUCAUGUGAUCAGCUGUGUCCAAUCACAGCUGAUUGCAUGGGACAUGUACAAUGAUCAUCAGGGCACUGAUGAUCAGUGUGCCUUGAUGAUCAGUGUGGCCCCAGAAGUGCCACCUGUCUGUGCCCAUCAGUGCCACAUCAAUGCCACAUAUCAGUGCCUACCAGUACACAUCAAUGCCACAUAUCAGUGCCCAUCUGAGCUGCCUUUCAGUGUCACUCAUCACUGACAAUCAGUGCCACCUAUCAGUGCUGCCAGUCAGUGCCACCUAUCAGUGACAGUCAGUGCCACCUAUCAGUGACAGUCAGUGCCGCCUAACAGUGCCAUAUAUCAGUGCUGCCUUUCAGUGCCCAUCAGUGA